ACUUCAGUAUGGGGAGUGUAACAGGUCCGCUCUGUGUGUCCAGGGACUUGCUUGUCCAGGGAGUUGGGAGGUGACAAGGUGGUGCCUCAGCAGAAAUUUCUGCAUGAUAAAAGCCGUGUUCAUGAAGAUGUAUCCUCUCCUCCUAGGGUGUGAAACUGAAAUUGAUUGCUGCCACACUGUGACAUGUGCUUAUAAUAAGUUUCAUACUCCUCUGUCUCUUCACCUGGGUGUGCUAAAUGCAUGGCUGACACGUGAAAAAUGUCAGGGAUUUUAGAUUGGCUGUGCAUUUCUCUGAGCUAAUGGAAACAGCUUCCCAUGGGAUUUCUACUCUGAGCACUGUUACCAGAGCUGAAAGAAUUUGGGUGAAAAAAGCCAGGUGGGAAAAUGUGUGUUAGUCUCGGGUUAGACACAGGUCUGCCCUAGCUCACCUAGCAUCUGUUCUGGGUUCACAGCCACAGCUGCAUUCACUGGCAGCAAAGUCAUUUUACCUAAAAUUGAGAUCUAUGAAUUUUCUUAAAUUGAGAGCUUUGUGUGUGCAAACAGCCUGGCCUUAUCACCUCUGGAAUUCACUUCUGUGUAAGCAGAACUCAGGGAGCAUUGGUGCUUAGGGCGAGUGGGACUUGAGGUAUGGCAGCCACUGCUGGAAAUUACUUGUUCUUUUAGAGGUGCCUUUUUAAUUCUCCUGCUUCAUUGGUUAGAAGAGAAAAAAAAUAUUGUGCAGAAAGGCUGGGGAGGCUGAAACACCCAGUGGCAGGGCCCCUGUGCAAUCAUUUCCCUGAGUGACUUACCUGGUCACAUGGUGUGCUGUCCUCUACUUGUGCUCAGUGACUUCAGCUCCAUACCCCCAGCAGAAGGGAAUACCUAUUUGGCCUAAGUGGUCAAGGUGGUGAGCUCCCAGAGCUUUUUGGGUUGAUUCUGAUGUGUGUUGGGCUGAGAAACCAGCUCACAUUCCUUCCAAGCUGUUCCCCAGCUUUGUUAAAACGUAGGGAUUUAUAUUCACCUUUCUUCUUAAAGUUUUCUCCAAAAUAUUUAGACUAAAAAUAAAAUGAGAAUUAUGCCUUCAGUCAUUAUUUUGACACCAAUUUUUAGGUAAGGAAACAUGCAGUUCUGCAGACUUUUAUUUGCAUGCUUGUCAUGGUGUGGUAUUGCCAACUCCACAGAGAGGACAGAGGUUUACUUGGAAUGGAACAAAGCUGUGAGAGUGAAUUCUUGGCUGGAAAAGAUGUGGGCUGUGGUCCUGAUAUCCUGGAUUAUUUUCUAUAUCAAAGACCACUGGACUACAAAAUAUGAGGGGAAGUUUGCUUAGAAGAAACCUGAAUAAGGACAUGGUGUAGGACUCCUCCUAUCUACUCCACUCUCCUGCCUCAAAUGGAGCUUAAAAUAUGCCAGGAGUGCUGGAAACCGGAAAAGAAAUGAGGAUCUUCACAGCUGUUUAUGGAAUGGGGAAGCUGUAGAUUCCAGAGAAAAUGAUGUUCCCUGAAGUGUGAAGGGGAAGGAGCAGUGAGGAGCUGAAGGAGAGAGGUCAAGUAAGUCCCUGCUUAGUACUGCCUAGACCACGGCUGGUGACGCUACAGUGCUGAUUCCUUCUGCUAAAGAUGGCUCAGAAAUGGGCAGUUCUGGCUGUGCUCCUUUUCUUGCCAAUCAAUCUGGUUGAAGCUCAAAACAGGGUGAGUGUAGAGGCUGGCCGUGAAGCUGUGCUGCGUUGCCCCAACUCUUCCAAGGUGCCUUCGCUGCUGGUGACGUGGAAGAGGAAUUGCAGAAGUUGCUGCUUCUUGUCCUACAGAAGGGAUCACAAUCAGACAAGGAGGCUGAACUGCAGUGAGAGGUUCACAUGGAAAUAUUCACCUGGCAGUGACCCUGCGCUUCGUAUUUACCCUGUGGACCUCGGGGAUGAAGGAAUUUACACCUGUGAAUUUGCCAACAGUGAAGGGAAUUUUUAUUUUCUCUCUUCUCUGACUGUGAUAGUGCCUCCUACAGUGACUCUGAUCCAUGACAAGAGCAGGGUGGCUGUGUGCCAGGCAUCUGCAGGAAAGCCAGCUGCUGACAUCUCCUGGAUCCCUGCAAGCAGUCACAGCUCUGAGGAAGAAUUCCAUCACCCCAACGGAACAGUGACCAGAGUGAGCUACUUUGGCUGGACCAACAGCUCACUUCCCUCUGUCACCUGCCUGGUCACCCACGCAGCCAUGAACCAGACUCUGGUCAUGGACCUGAAAUACACCUCCUAUAGGCUUCUCUACAUCCUGACAGGAGCAGGUGUUGCUGUCACUGGUCUGACUUUAUGCUUGAUUUUCGGAUGCAGAGCUUGCUGGUUACGUAAACGGGCACAGGGCCCAGCAGAACACUUUACAACUAGAGCCUGGAAGGUCCCACCUUCACAUGCACCAAGAGCAGCAGUCAAGCCUCCUGACUUUCCAGAGAGCAUCUAUGUGAAUUACAACCCAAGAUCUAUUUAUGUAUGCUUAGAAGAGUGUAGGCACAAGUAGCCAGCUCAGCUACUCAAACUUGUCCUUCAACUCUCAAGCCUCAGACCUUACCCCCAAAAAACUUUCUCUUUCCUGACUUGACAAUGGUGGGGCAGAAAGGCCUGUUUUAGUAAGUUCUUUUCUCUUUCUCUAAAUAUCAGUACAGCUCUAGAGAAAGUUGGAAAUUUUAAAGAUUGAAUUAGGGAAAUAGCUUAAUUUUGUUAGAAAAUGGACUCUGAUGUAUGGGCUGCCUUUCCUCAAAACAAUAAUGGACAUAUUGCUGUGCCAGAGUAAAAGACUGCUUGUGAAAAUGCAGCACUUUUCUCUCAGUUUUGACAACUGGAUUCUCUGUAAAGUUCUGUGUCAGAAACUAGAAAGUGACAUAGGAGGCCUCAAAACACAGAAGGUCAAAGCAGUACAUCUAACAGAAAUGCAGAAAUAAGAGAGUUUUAGGGUUUUUUUGGUUGUUAUAUUUUGUUUUCUGGUUGCAAUGACAGAUGAUCUUGUAUUUGACAUCUUCGUAUUUUUAACAUAUUUCUUUUUCAAUUAAUUUUUCUGUUUGCAUUGAUAUUUGAUGGAAAAUAAAACCAAUUUGAUAUUAUACUGGAUAUGGAAAUAAGAAACAGCAAUGGACAAUUUUGGACACUCUUUAAUGUAAAUAUGUAAAUAUUUACCAGAAGGAUUUUUGUGGUUAUUAGGGAAAAUGUUUUUUGACCAGUUUCUGAGAAGCUGAGAGCACAUCAUGGUUUUACUGAGAACAGAAGUGUAAAGUUGUAUAAAGUGCAGGUGGUGUGCUUGUUUAAAAAAAAGGAAAAAAAGACAACCCUAACCAUACCAUUUAGUUCUUCUCAGCUGAUGUCCCCAAGAUAAAAAAUCCUCCACAGAGUGAUUGUUAAUUUCAGUUUUCAUUGGUCAGGUCUGUCAGAGCUUCCAAACACUAAUGCAGCAGUAACUGAAAUGUGUGUUUUGAAGAGCCUUUUCCUGCUUGUUUCUUCAGGGUCAUCUCUGCUCCAUAAGCGUUCUUAGGCAUGAGCAUCUCCCAGUGCCUUUUAAUUGCACUUUAUCACUUCUAAAUAGACGUGGAUGUCUGCUGACAUCACUCCAGCCUUUCAUUUUAGUCAGAAAGACAUGAAGAAUGACUCUCUGCCUUAAGGAAAAGGACCUACAGAGGCCAUGCUGGUUUCCAGGCUUGGUAGACAAGCGAAGCCUUUCCUGUGGUGUUGAAUGUCAGUGAUGGGUUGCUCUGAGAGCUGUGUGCAGCAUCAUCAUGCCCUCUGUAGGAAGGGAGAGGCUCUUUUCAUGUGUGAAACCUUUGGGAGAAAUAAGUGACAGCUUGGAAGUAGUGCAAAUAGGUUUGAAAUGAUGCUAGAUAGGAAAAGUGUUUUGUAGCUCUAGUGCAAUCCACAGCAGCGCCUUAGUCCAAGGUGCUGUCAAGGGGUCAUUUGUGACUUGAAGCUUCUUGAAAUAGAAGGAAGAUAUCUUGUUGCUUAAGGAAUUGCCCAGUCAGGUCUAAACCUGGGUUCCUGGACUGGUGUUUACUCAGUGUGGUAAAUGAGCAUGGAUUGUUUUUGUGGACAGCUACAGCAAUCUGUGCUUUUUUCAGAAGCUGGAUCAUUGCAGCCACACAGAAGGAUGACAGGGCUGUUUAAAUUAAGAGAGGCUGUGGAGCAGCCUGCUUCUGGGAAUCACAGUGCAUGUGUGCUGUGGUCAUUAGGGUGUAAUGUAAUUUUUCCUUGAUCCCUUUGCCCCAGGUGAGAUGUUGAAGGGUGAGAUCUAAUAGAGACAGAAAAGAUAGAAUCUAGACAGGGAGAUGAUGGUGUGUGGGGAGAAAGCUCUCAGAAGCUAUCUGUGAUAAUCUGUCCUGGCUGAAAACUAUGGUUUUCACAUUCAUAUCUUUAUUUUCACCUUUAAUUUGCAUUUGGUUGAAUUGGCCCAGUCACCUGCAAUGUGUCACCGCUUUUGUUAACGUAGAAAGUCUGAGCAGACUUAGUGCUGAAAUGAGGUGCUCUGGCAAUGACAUGGGCUAUCCUGGAAUAAAAUUGGCCCUUAUGCAUUUUAGGCUUGUUGUGUAUGAUUAAUAAAAGUUAUCAGGCCAAAGAGAAUAAUGUGGCUAUGGGAGUGGUUGUAAGAAAGGCUGGGACAUCAAUAAAGCUUUUAUUGCUACUUUUACUGUUGGUUACGACUGGUAAACAGCAGGGUUUUGUUAUAUGUGGAGCUCCUGGUGUGGGCUUCGGUGGCUUCCUCUCUGCCUGCCAUGACCAGAGCCAUGUGUGCCAUGCUUCUGGGCUGGUGAGCUGAUCUGUUGAGUAUUUGAGAAUGAGAGAGAAAUCACUUAAAUAUUUUCCGUCAUGCUGUUUUUGUAUGGGACAGGCAGCUUGGUGUAACCCAAAGAACAACUCAAAAGGUGUGUUUGAUGUCUUUUAACAAUUUGGUCUCAAAAAUAAGCAACUUGAAAUGUUUUCAUGAGUAUAUUUAUCAUGAUUUUUCCCUCUCUUAAUUAUAAGUACAUCCUUGGUGACCCUAUACUCUUUUUAUUUGCACUGAAAGAAAAUUGAAUCAAGACAGGUAUUUUAGACUGCCAAAAUGAGUGGGAAAAUGCUGACUGUUUGUUGAAUAAUCAUUGUGAGAGAGCUACUAAAAAGUGAUGGGAAUUGGAGUGAACUAUUUGACCAUUGUCACAAGAAAAAAAAAUUUUAAAAAAGCCUGGGAGCAUGACACUGCUGUUUCAGAUUGACUGUUUAGUCAAAUGCACAGUUGACCGAAUGUCACUUGAGCUUUUUAGCACCAGAUGUGAUUAUAGAUGAAAAUGCUCCUGUUUAUUGUGUGGAUUUUCACUCACAUUGUUCAUAGGGCACUCUUUGUAAUAAUGAUGAUGUCUGCUUUCUGAUUAAUCUGUGAACAAUUUGUCUUCUGGAAAUAGCAGGUGUUGUGAUGCCUCUUUCUCUUCACUGAAUAUGAAAAAAAUGGUGACAAAGCAUUAUUUAGAGUCUCAUAAAUUGGAAUGUGAUUGUUCAGAUUAUGAACAAUAUUCGUUUAAAAUCACAAAUUUCGACACCAGGAUUGAAAUGAAGAAGGUAAACAGUUUUCCUACAGACUUUGGAAAUAGAGCAGAUGUCCUAAGGGUAUUUAUUUGCCAGUUCAGUGAAGAGCUCAAUUUUCCUAAGUUUGAAGUUGCAGCUAUAAGUUUUGUCUAACCUUCCUGGCAUCAAUUUGUCACAACUUUUCCUCUCUGUUGAGAAAAUAAUACUGUCCUUGGUUCUCCUCUAGUAACUGUAACACCUGUGGUGUCUUUGCGACCUGCUCUUUCUGACUUUGUGAAUCUUUGCUGUUAAUGAUAACUUGUCAGCUCCUUGAUUUUGUGUCCACAGUCUGUAUACACCUGUCAUGUUCUGGAGGCAGUGAAGAGUUCAGGAAUUAAUCAAGCAGGACUUUUUCUACCUUUCCUAUCACUUCUCUGUCCCGCUGUAGUUUGUACAAGUAACUACAAGCAAGUACCUACUUUUCUGUUUUUCCCCCCCAAUCUUUUAAUGCACUAGUUUUCUCAGUUUCUUGAUUUUUAUGUUCUCCAAGAAUUUUAUUACCUAGUUUUAUUUCUUUCUAUUUCUGGCAUCAAAUACAAUUUUAUUCUUCAUUUUUUUGUUGCCUUUUGAGUGUGUGUAACAAGAGGUUUUCAAUAGUGACUUGUUUCGGAAAUUUUUAGUGCUUUUCACUGAACUUCUCCAUUGAGAUAUACUUACUCCAGGUCUCCUUCUUUUUUUGUCCCCAUUGCGUAGUAGGAAAUUAAUCACUCUUGAUUGAGAAACAUCUUCUGUUCUUAGACUUCUGUGAAUCUAAGCUCACUUACCAAAUCCAAAUGCAUUAUAUGCAGCAUUUUCUUUGCUCUUGGCUGACAUCUGCCUAACAGAAUCACAGAAUUGUUAAGGUUGGAAAUAUCUUUUGAGAUCAUCAAGUCCAACCAUUAACUCAGCACUAUCAUGGUCACAACUAAACUGUGCUCCUCUGUGACAGAUUUACAUGGUUUUGAACACAUCCAAAGAUGGUGAUUUCACCACUUUCCUGGGCAGCCUGUUACAAUGCCUGACCAGCUUCUAAGUGAAGAAACUUUUCUGAAUAUUUAAUACACUCUGCAGCACCCAUGAGGAAGAGGAGUGAGAAAAAUGUGAGAGGAACCGCCCUGUAAACACCAAGGUCAGUGGAGAAGGAGGGCAGGAGGUGUUCCAGGUACCAAAGCUGGGAUUCCCCUGCAGCCCAUGGUGAGACCAUGGUGAGGCAGCUGUGCCCCAGCAGCCCAUGGGGGUCCAUGGAGCAGCAGAUUUUCACCUGCAGCUCAUGGGGAUCCCAUCCUGGAGUACAUUCUGGCAGGACCUGUGACCCUGCAAAGGGAUCCGUGCAGGAAUGGGUUUUCUAGCAGAAAUCACACUGGUGCGGUUCAUGAAGGACUAGCCCACGUAAGGAACUUGCUGGAACAGAAGAACUGUGUGAAGGAAGAGUGGUGGAGGUGAAGAGGUAUGAACUGACCCCCAAACCCCAUUCCCCACCCUACUGCACUCCUGGGGCUGGGGAAUAGGAGGUAAAUCUGUGAAGAAGAGGGAGUGAGAGCAAAGGUGUUUUCAACUUUGUUUAUUUGUCAUUAUCCUACUCUGUUAUUAAUUGCUAAUAAAAGAAAUCAACUUCCCCAAAUCAAGUCUGCUUUGCCCAUGACACUAACCAGUGAUCUCCCUGUUCUUACCUUGACCCAUGAACUUUUCCAUCAUAUUUUCUCCCCCUGUUGUGCUGAGGAGGGGCAGUUGAGAGAGUGUCUGGCUGGGCACUGUCAGGUGGCAGCCAGCCAAGGUCAGUGCACCAGGCAAGGCUUAGUCACCAGCAGAGCUAUAAUAGGAAAGAGGAUGCUGUAAACAUCGCAUUCUAUGUUAUUAAGGCAUUUUUAUGCCGAUGGUCCCUCUCUAGGUCUUCUGACUUUAAUCUCAUCACUGUGUACUGAGCUCUGAAAAUUUCAUUUCCACUCAUUCUAUUCUCUCGGCUGUCAAUAAGUACUGCUGAGCAAACAAGGCUAAGUGCUUUUGGGAUUGAUUUUUGUCUCACUUCUGCCACAGUCCAACAGUGUUUAUAUUGUCCUAUCAUAAUGUUUGUAUCUAGCUGUGCUUAUAUUUUAGAUUUCCAUGUGUGCAUCUGAAAAAGAAACCAUGGACAGCCCCCCUGAAAUAGUUUCUGUGCUAGAUUUAUGAUCUCUGAAGAGUACAACUCCCUCUUCUGUGCAAAACAUGUGGCCACAUGCUGCAGAACAACGUGCUUAGUACAUGAAUGUCUUGUAACUCACUCCAUCUUGUGUGAGAGGAGUUUUGUGUGGAGUAAACAGACAAACGAGCCAAUUACUGAAAAGCUCUGGCCUGGCUGCUCGUCUUUUUGUGCAACUUGCUCGAAAUAUUCAAAUCAGGAAGACUGGAAUCCAACACCACCAGUCAGUGCAUUGUCAGGGCUGCCUCCUUAAUCAGGCAUAUUAGUGCCUGCAAAGCUCUGAUACCUUCAGGAGCACUGCCUGCUCCAGGUCUGAAUAUCUACCAGCUACACUUAAUAUCACAUCCUUCAUCAUUGUCAUUCCUGUGUAAUCAACAGUGGCUGCCAAUUUCAUGCUGCUAUAGAUAGCAAAAAUAAAAAUGUACAUCUAUAUGCAAACAUCUUGAUUCAUAGGUACAUCGCUGUGCGUGUGUGAAGCUGUGAAUAUACACAGGAAAAGUUAUGGGUUUUUUUCCCUGAGAAAUUAAUUUCUUAAUAAUUUCCCAUCAACAGAACAUCUCAUUAUAUAUAAAUGUUGUGAAAGACCUUAUAAGACAGAUAGACAUGUGAGGGAUAAAAUAAAAAGUUGCUGUGGAAACCGCAACCUGAAAUAAAUCGUUCUU